ACUGCAGACUGACCGAGGGGGACUGUGCAUGUACCUGUGCAAUUAAUCUGCCUAACCACGCUAUCUACUCGACUAGUUAUCGAUGGAGCACGUUUGAUAUCUUACGGAGAAGGUAUAAGAUGAAGCGAUGAUUUCUAAUGUAUCAACCAUCGCGGUUAUGAAGGUGAAUAACAGCAGUCACUACAACAGUGCAGUGUGCUUGUGCAGGAUGAGCGGCUGAGGAGGAGGAGGACAAGGAGGCUGCGGUUUCAAACUGUUCAUCCCGAAUAUUUUUUAACUAAACAUCGCAUUUCUUUGACAAAGAAACGGACUACGUCUUUAAUAUGGUACUGUACGUUACGAAUAGCGUUUUUGAUCACAAGUUCAUGGGCAUGAGCAGUUUUCUGCUUCACGAGAAUCCUCCAAGAACGGCUCAUUGAACGCUUUUUCCUCUAGAAAUGGACUCUGAAGAUGCGGAUUACAGAGGAAUCUCCGCCGCUAAUUUAGUCUCAUAGAUUUGACCACAGGCACCAGCGUGGUUCCUCUUUUGACGGGAAUAAACGAACAAUGAAUGCAUAUGCCUAAAAAAGCGGAUUAAAUCAGUGAUUUUUGGAGCGCCACUGGACUCCCAUCACAAAACGUGAACGAGCUAUUCUGCUAGCCUGUUUGUGGUAGCUAUUAGCUCUAUUAGCCGGCUAACAGCUAAAUGGUGCUGGUUGGAGAUUAAAAAGCUUGCGAGUGAGUGGGGGCUGGAUCCAUCUACAUUUGGUCCACUCAGUACAUUUGUUUGAUAUAUUUUGCAGGCUUUAUUUCACUAGGAAUGAAGUCUCGGGUGGAAAGGAGGCGCUUGACCUUGUUUUGGGGUCUGAUGCUGGGUCUGUCGUCCUGCCUCUGGCCCGCCACCGCAGAGAUAUGUGGCCCAAGCAUUGACAUUGGAAAUGAUAUCAGUGAAUUCAGCCGUCUUGAAAAUUGUACUGUUGUGGAGGGAUACCUGCAGAUUCUUCUAAUAGGUGACAAAAGUAACAGCACAAACCAGGAAGUCUUCCACACACUUAGCUUCCCCAAGCUCACCAUGAUCACCGAUUACCUGCUCCUGUUCCGUGUGUCCGGCCUGGACAGCCUCAGCACCCUCUUCCCUAACCUCUCUGUCAUCCGUGGCCGCACUCUCUUCUACAACUAUGCCCUGGUUAUUUUUGAAAUGACCAGUCUGAAGGAUAUCGGCCUCUUCAACUUGAGAAACAUCACCCGCGGAGCCAUCCGGAUUGAGAAGAACCCUGAACUCUGCUACCUGGACUCUAUCGACUGGUCCCUCAUCAUGGACGCGGAGUUCAACAAUUAUAUUGCAGGAAACAAACAGGCGAAGGAGUGCAGUGAUAUUUGUCCUGGCAUCAUGGAAAACCAACCCCAGUGCAAAAAGACCAUCUUCAACGACAACUACAACUACCGCUGCUGGAAUUCAAAUCAUUGCCAGAAAGAGUGCCCUGAGAAGUGUGGGAGACAAGCGUGCACAGCGGACGGCCAGUGCUGCCACCCUCAGUGUCUGGGCAGCUGCACAGUGGCUGGGAGUGACCGAGCAUGUGCUGCUUGUGUGCAUUACUACCAUGAAGGGCGCUGUGUCCCAGACUGCCCCCCAGGCACCUACAAGUUUGAAGGCUGGCGCUGCAUUAGUGCGGAGCUCUGCUCCAAGGUCCAUACUGCUGGCUAUGACAUUUUCAUUAUCCAUGCUGGAGAGUGCAUGCCUGAAUGCCCAUCUGGAUACACUCGCACAGCACCCAACAGUAUGUCCUGUACUGCGUGUGAUGGCCUGUGUGAUAAAGUAUGUGAAGGGAAUGUCAUUGACUCUUUGGAUGCAGCCCAGUCUCUCAAAGGCUGCACUGUUAUCAAAGGAAACCUGGAUAUCAACAUUCGACGAGGGCAUAAUAUGGUUGCAGAGUUGGAGAGUUUCACAGGUUCCAUCCAGAGGGUGACUGGCUAUGUCCGAAUUCGAUAUUCCAACACACUGAGUUCCCUGGCCUUCCUUCGCAGCCUGAAAAUGAUUGAUGGAGAAAUGCUUAUUGAAGACAUGUACGCAUUCUCUGCAAUUGAGAACCAGCAGCUGCAAUACCUGUGGGACUGGAAGAAACACAACCUUACCAUCAAAAAUGGAAAGCUUUACUUCAGAGGAAAUCCCAAACUCUGCAUGUCCGAGAUCCGCAAAAUGUGGAACAAGACGGGCAUUCAGGACCGCUUUGAUGAGAGUGGCUUCAGGAACAAUGGCUACAGAGCAAGUUGUGAAAGUUAUACUCUGAGAUUUAAAUCAAACAGCACCAGAAGUACAAAAAUCAAACUUACUUGGCAACGCUACCGCCCUCCCAAAGAUUACAGAGAUCUCAUUAGUUUUAUUGUCUACUACAAGGAAGCGCCCUAUCAGAAUAUAACAGAGUAUGAAGGACAGGAUGGCUGUGGUUCAAACAGCUGGAAUAUGGUGGACGUGGAGCUGCGACAGGACAUGGACUCAGAUCCUGGAGUUCUGCUCACCAACCUGAAGCCUUGGACGCAGUAUGCCAUCUUUGUCAAAGCCAUCACACUUAUGGUAGAAGACAAGCAGGGCCAAACCGCACCAAGUGCAAAAAGCAAAGUUGUCUACAUUCGCACAAGUCCUUCAGUACCCUCAAUGCCACAGGAUGUUCGAGCCUACUCAAACUCCUCUACACAGUUGGUUGUGAGGUGGUCACCACCCCUUUCACCAAAUGGAAAUCAGACCUACUACCUUGUCAGAUGGCAGCAACAAGCGGAAGACCGUGAACUGUAUCAGCACAAUUAUUGCUCUAAAGAGUUAAAAAUUCCCAUCAGGAUUGCAGCCAAAGGGUUAGGAGACCAGGAAGAGGAGACCAAACCCACUAAGCCAGAUACAGAAGGGCCUGAAAAAGGCCCAUGUUGUCCCUGUCCCAAGUCAGCUGAGGACCUGGAGGCAGAAGCUGCUGAUGCCUCAUACCGAAAAGUCUUUGAAAAUUUUCUGCAUAAUUCCAUUUUUACACCAAGACCUCCUGAUCGCCGUCGCAGAGACCUGUUUGGAGUUGCUAACUCUACUCAUUCACGUAGGAACCGAGUGAGCACUAAUAGCAGCACAACCACUCCUCUCCAGGGUGGCAGUAACAGCACUACAGUAGACCCAGAACCAACCGAGCACGAGUUUGAGUUCAUGGAACAAUCAGUGACUGAUCGUGAGCUCCAGAUCUCUGGCCUCAGGCCUUUUACAGUUUACCGCAUCGACAUUCACGCCUGCAACCAUCAAGUCCAGCGCUGCAGUGCUGCUGAGUUUGUCUUCUCCAGGACCAAGCCUGCAGAAAAGGCAGAUGACAUGCCAGGACACAUUUCUUGGGAAGGCCAUGAGGAUUCUGUGUUUCUCCGAUGGCCAGAACCAACUCACCCAAAUGGUCUUAUCCUUAUGUAUGAGAUCAAGUUCAAGCAGGCUUCUGAGCCUGAGAAGCAUGAAUGUGUCUCUGGGCGGAUGUUUCAAGCACAACGGGGUUUUAAGCUGUCCAAUCUUAGCCCAGGAAACUAUUCUGUCCGAGUAAGAGCCAUAUCUUUAGCUGGCAAUGGAUCCUGGACACAAAUUAUGGAUUUUUAUGUUGCUGAAAGAUAUGAAAAUGUUAUCUACACAAUGAUAUUUGUUCCCAUCACUGUUUUACUCUUCAUCGGUCUUCUGGCUGCUUUGCUAGUUUUACAAUACAAGAAGAGAAAUAGUGACCGUCUUGGUAAUGGAGUUCUCUAUGCAUCAGUCAAUCCUGAAUACUUCAGUGCAGCAGAGAUGUAUGUACCAGAUGAAUGGGAGGUGCCCCGCGAGAAGAUCACCUUAAACCGCGAGCUGGGCCAAGGCUCAUUUGGCAUGGUGUAUGAAGGUUUAGCCAAAGGAGUGGUCAAGGAUGAACCAGAGACUCGUGUUGCUAUUAAAACAGUGAACGAGUCAGCAAGCAUGAGGGAGAGAAUAGAGUUUCUUAAUGAGGCUUCUGUCAUGAAGGAGUUCAACUGUCAUCAUGUGGUUCGACUACUUGGUGUUGUUUCUCAAGGUCAACCCACAUUGGUCAUCAUGGAACUAAUGACAAGAGGCGACUUGAAGAGCUACCUGCGCUCCCUUCGACCUAAAGAGCAAUGGUCAAGCCUGUCGCUUCCUCCACUGAAAAAGAUGCUUCAGAUGGCAGGGCAAAUUGCAGACGGCAUGGCUUACCUUAAUGCCAACAAGUUUGUCCACAGAGACCUAGCUGCAAGGAAUUGCAUGGUAGCAGAGGACUUCACUGUUAAGAUUGGAGACUUCGGUAUGACCAGAGACAUUUACGAGACAGACUACUAUCGCAAAGGCGGCAAAGGUUUGCUCCCUGUCCGCUGGAUGUCCCCAGAGUCCCUGAAGGAUGGAGUGUUUACCACAUACUCCGAUGUCUGGUCAUUUGGAGUUGUCUUGUGGGAGAUUGCUACUUUAGCAGAACAACCUUACCAAGGUCUGUCCAAUGAACAGGUCCUACGCUUUGUCAUGGAGGGAGGGCUGUUGGAGAAACCGCAGAACUGCCCCGACAUGCUGUUUGAACUGAUGCGGAUGUGUUGGCAGUACAACCCCAAGAUGCGCCCAUCGUUUGUGGAAAUUAUCAAUAGUGUAAAAGACGAGUUGGAGCCAUCAUUCAAGGAGGCCAGCUUCUUUUAUAGUGCCGACAACAAGCCUGCAGACACCCCACAACACCCUCUGGAAAACUUGGACAAUAUGGACCACAUAGACGAGGUACCCUUGGAACCUACGUCUUCUACAAAGUCUCAGCAGACUCCGGCUUGCCCACAGACUCCUCCCUCCCCCAGCACACAGGCCCCACCAGGUCCAUCAUUAACCAACAGUCCCCCCUCAUCCCCCUGUACAUCCACCUCUACCACAGACAAGCCGAACCCCAGUCAGCAGGCAGCCAACGGACUGUCGGGGGCAAGUACGGGACUUGGCACAGGCUCGGGCGUUCAGUCGAUGAGACCGUCUCUAGAUGAACUCCCGCCUUACGCUCACAUGAAUGGAGGACGCAAAAAUGAACGUGCCAUGCCCCUUCCCCAGUCUUCUGCCUGCUGAUUGGACCCCCUCAGCACUCACAACAAACCCACCAUGGUCUGUUGUGCAAAAAGUCAUGUCUCGUAGGAGUGGAACAAUGAGUACAAGCACUCAGUAAGGAGUGCCAACCUAUGCUACAGCGAUAACCAUCAAAUUGGGUCAUGUUCUACUGAACAUUCACACACUUGUUCGGAAUCCUUUGGUUUCUACCAGCUGGUUGUUAAAUAUAUGACUCUUGCUUUUGUGUAAAAAUAUAUAUAAUAAUAAUUUAAAAAAGCAAGAACAUAAUUUUGGGAAAGAUGGCUGAACAUAUUUUAUAAGUUGAUGGUUGUAACUUUUAUAUGUAUUUUCAAUGAGGAAAACGUGGAAGCCUUUGUCAGUGACUGGUGAUUGCCUUUAGAGGGGCAUUUUGGUGACUUUUUAGCAUAUCUAAUGAAGAAGCACUUAAAAAGUCAGCGUUUUUGUCAGUUCGUACUCUUGUUGCUCUGCCUAAAGCCAGCUCAGCAACUCAUGGGCUAGAGUUCAUAUCUAGAGAGGGACAUGUUAAACCUGCCAAAUUUUCUGUCAGAUUUGUAUAUUUUUAUUUUCUAUAUUCUUGCUCUGAUUCUUCAACACUCCAGACUGAAAUUUACAAGUACUUAGAGCUGCUAAGAUAAACUGUCUUUAUUAAAGUGUUUAUUUCCCUCUUCAGCCCCAAACCACUGCUUUCUCGACUAUUAAAACGACCUCCUCAAUUAUUGAUAUUAAUCUUAUCACAAAGUGCUGAAGCUUGAGUCUUAACGUCAGUAAAGCCAGUAAAACACAAAAUGUGCAUGGACUGCAGAGGGAAGGUCAUAAAGUUCAAAACUUGGAUGAAUAAACUUGUAACCGUUGGCGGCAUUUGCCUAGAAACAGAAACCUGUAGGCUUGUCUUUAGUCUUUAAUAUUUCCAAUUUUUGACCAAUACCAGUGGUUGUCAUUUUUCUACAGUUCAAGACAUUCAUCAUGUACAAAAAGCUGCUAUUCCUUAUUUUCUCCAGUGGUUGUCAUAGAGUUUAACAGAAUAUAUAAAGAAAAAAUAUCUUUCAGGUUUUGUCUUUCCACUACAGUUCAUUUUUUUUCUUUUAAUUGUGUGAAGUGUAUCCAAGUUGGUUCUGUUUUUGUUUGUAAGGUAUAGCAGUUUGCCUUUUUGUUUCAAACCUGGAAUAUCCACCUGUCUGACUGGAAGAGGCUGAUGACAUCAUUGUCAUCAGUGUCAUGUCUUCACACAGAAAGCCUCUCUCCCUCUGUCCUCUGGAGCUCUCCCGCCAAUCAGGUCUGGGGGUUCACGUUAAUCAACGGAGGUCAGUGGUCAGGCAUUGCUGCUGAGUUCAAACUAAAUCUCAGGUCAAGAAGAUGAGACAAAUCCUUUUCUAGUUAUUUAUGCGUUGAUGUACUCAUUUUCACACAAAGGGAAAAUUGGAGCAGUGCUUUCUCUAUAGUAACCACAAGGGGUCACUAUAGGCCUAAACAGCGAGUGCUGAAGGACAUGCAAUUUGAUAUUUUUAUAUUGUUAAGUUUAAGUUAUAAAUUGCAGCGCUUUUUUG